CAUAAACAAAUCCCUCCCACUUUGUGACAAAAACUCCAGAGAAGAACGCCGCGAUGUUAGCUUACUCUUUCUCAUUUAAAUAAGCAUUUCAGAGAGACGCUACUUUGUCUUUAUUAAAAUAUUAUUCGGCCUACCGCAUAACUAAGAAACACAUCUUGAGUGUAAAUAAUACGAGGGAACUACUUCCUGGGCAAUGCAACAUAAUUUUUUUUUUUUCUGAACUGAGUUGACAUUCUUUUUUUCUACCUGUAUUUUAAUUUUUGUCUAAAAAUUUUCUUGUUUCAUCUUGCAGUUUUGAAUAAUUGCGACAAUGUUCCAGAUUGUAAGAAAGUUUGUUUUCAGCAAUGCGCUCUGCGUGGGAGCAGACAACGGGAAGAGAUAUGACGAUCUCUUUGAAAAGCUGGAUACCAACAAAGAUGGGAAAGUGGACAUCCAUGAGCUGAGACAGGGCUUGAAAGCGAUGGGCUUGGGUUUUGGUGAAGGUGCUGCACAGAAAAUAGUUUCCGCUGGGGACAGUGAUGACGAUGGAGAGCUGGACAUUUCCGAAUUUUCAGAAUAUCUCAGAGACCAUGAAAAAAAGCUGAUGUUGACCUUCAAGAGCUUGGACAAAAAUAAUGAUGGUCGUAUUGAUGCUUCGGAGAUUAGGCAGUCACUUUCCAAAUUGGGGGUCAAAUUAAGUGAAGAGCAUGCACAGAAGAUUCUUUCAAGUAUCGAUGCUGAUGGGACCAUGACAGUAGACUGGAAUGAGUGGCGUGACCACUUUCUCUUGAACCCGGCCACCAACAUCGAAGAGAUCAUUCGCUUCUGGAAGAAGUCCUCAGUAUUGGAUAUCGGGGACAGUCUUUCGAUCCCUGAUGAAUUCACGGAGGAUGAGAAGAAGACAGGGAUGUGGUGGAAACAACUGAUGGCAGGAGCGAUGGCAGGAGCAGUCUCUCGAACGGGGACCGCUCCCCUUGAUCGAAUGAAAGUCUUCAUGCAGGUGCACUCUUCCAAGACCAACAAAAUAAGCAUUUCUAGUGGAUUCAAGCAAAUGGUAAAAGAAGGAGGGAUCCGGUCACUCUGGCGAGGAAAUGGAGUGAAUGUUCUUAAGAUUGCCCCCGAGACAGCAAUUAAGUUCUGGGCUUAUGAACAGUACAAAAAGCUCAUUGCAUCAGAGGGAGGGACAGUAAAACCCCAUGAGAGGUUCAUUGCUGGAUCCCUUGCUGGGGCAACAGCACAAACUAUCAUCUAUCCCAUGGAGGUCAUGAAGACCAGGCUGACCCUGGGAAAGACUGGGCAGUAUUCCGGAAUGUUGAAUUGCGGGAAGAAGAUUCUGCGGAGAGAAGGUGUGAAAGCCUUCUACAAAGGCUACAUCCCCAACAUAUUGGGAAUCAUCCCCUAUGCAGGCAUUGACCUAGCUGUUUACGAGAGCUUGAAGAAUUUCUGGCUGACACGUUAUGCCACAGACUCUCCAAACCCAGGAAUACUUGUUCUACUGGGCUGUGGAACCAUUUCCAGCACUUGUGGACAGCUAGCUAGCUACCCUCUUGCCCUGAUCAGGACCCGUAUGCAAGCACAAGCAUCAGUGGAAGGUUCCCCACAGCUUUCUAUGGUCAACCUUACUAAGAGAAUUGUUUCUAAUGAGGGCUUUUUUGGACUGUACAGGGGUAUAGCCCCUAACUUCAUGAAGGUUAUUCCUGCUGUAAGCAUUAGUUACGUGGUGUAUGAAUACUCAAAGACAGGUUUGGGGCUCUCUUCUAAAUAAACACAACAGACAGCGUCCAUCGAUUAAUUGAUGACAAACCCUCCCAAGAAAAGGCUUAAGGUGUAAGAUCUGCACCAAAGCCUCUCGUUUUGGAGACAAAGGUGUUUUUUUUUUUAUAUAUAAAUCUGACAAGAUAAGUUUGAGGUGCUUUUUAAAAUCUGAUCUCAUUUUUUAUUUGAUCCAUUCUUACAUUGUGGCAUGCUGAUUGUGUUUUUUAUUUGUUUUAAUUUUUUUUUUGUAAUCCAUUCCCACUGCAAGGUUUGCUCAUUAGUCUAGCAGUAGAGUUCUACUCAACCAAACCAUCUGGCGACUGCUAGCAACAUGGAGUAAACCUUCAGUUGGAUUUUUUUUUUUUUUAGCCGCCUUAACAUACAGCCACUUUCUUUUUUUUCCAGCUUUUUAAUUCAUGUCCUGUGCUUUUAGUUUUAUUAUUAACAGUAAAAUGGUGAACACUUGAAGUUUAACUCAAAGGAUAAAAUGUAGAAAUAUUCUUUAUGCUGUAUCUCCUCUUUAUCCUUCAUUUCUACAACUCCAAAAGGCCAGCACUCUCUGCAAACAUAAGAAUUUACUUUUACACAUCAUGGUAGAAAAAACAAGUGUUAAGCCACUCCUCUUAGGACAAUGUUUUGACAUUCCCAAUAUCAAGUAAAACACAGGAGAAUUGCCUGAUUUUAGAUUUAAAUCAUGACCUUACAAAUAAUCAUGUGAGGAGAAAUCUUUAUUAUUCUUAACAGUCUAAAAAAACAAAUGGAGUGUUUGAUGUAUGCAGGAAAUAUAGGAUUAGAUUAUUUUUUUAACUUGUUUAGACUCACCAGAUGCCUUACACUUGUGGGGCCUGAUGAGCUACUUUUUUUGUAAAACGUUUGGCAUAACAAAGACUUACUGCAAGACAUAUACAUGUUUUAUUAAUUGAUACCAGACCUUAUUUCUUUUUUUGCUUCAAAUUGGUAUUCUUGCAAUAUUAUAUAUAUAUAUAUAUAUAUAUAUAUAUAUAUAUAUAUAUAUAUAUAUAUAUGCACAUUUUAAUUUUUUUUGUUGUAAAACCUGAAUUUUCAGAGAAAUAUAAUAUAGAAUAUAAUUGUUGUGAAAUAUACAACUAUGACCAAAAGUUUUGCAUUACCUAUAGGAUUAACACAUUUUGUUUAAUACAUUUUGAAUUAAACCUGCUGAAUGUUACGUUAACAUAUUGAAUUACGUUGUACUGCUUUGUAGUUUUCUAUUUUCUUAAUGAAAAACUGACAAACUGAGAAAUGUGACAUUUUGAAAUCUAACGUGAAACACUGUACUACCAUUAUGGCUUCCAGUAGACUUUUGCGAUAUCAUUUUUUUUUUCUCUUUUUUUUUUUGUCUCAAUCCUAAAAUUCUAGGCGAUGCAAAACCUUUGGCCAUAGCUGUACACCCUAACAUUGUGAGAAGUUUACAUGUAUAUUGUCUAUUGUUGGCAGCUGCACAAUCUGUAUUCCAUCAGUUUCUGAAAGGUAGCUUUUUGUUUAAAUAUUGUUGUGGGCAUCUCUAUAUAUAUAUAUAUAUAUAUAUAUAUAUAUAUAUAUACAGUAUGUAUACUGUAUGGAAUGUACUUGUAAAAUGCAAUCCUUGAAAAAAAUAAAAAUAAAUGGGUGUCAAAGCAAUAAUUUUGCAUAAAGAAGCACAAACAGAAUAUCAACAAAUGGGAACUGUCAGUUUACAGUAGUUACUGAAUUCAGAAAUAAUGCAGGUUACAAACAUUGUAUUCUUCAGUUUAAAGCACAGAUAAUGUAGACAUGUUUGACAUAUAUAUAUAUAUAUAUAUAUAUAUAUAAUACAUGGAUGAAGGCUAUAUUUGCAUCCUGAGCCAUUCGGAAAAAAAAGGCAUAAAAAAGUGAUAAUUCCUCUAGAGGAAAAUAUACUUGAACUUUGACCCAUUCGACUCCUCGAGACCGUCACUUUCAAUUCAAACACAAAAUGUCUCGUUUUCAAUCACUUGACAACACCCACAGUACAGAAAUGUUCAUUAAUGAUCAACAAAAUGAGAAUAUGUUUUAAAAAAAAAAAAAAAAAAGUACAGCUGGUACAUUCGGAUCUCAGAGAAAUAGACAACGACAUAGAACAUCUGUACAGCACUGAAACACUACGUUAAAAAAAAAACGAACUGUACUGCUUAACUUCAUCUUCUUUAAUAUUAGUAUCACAAGGGUAUCCAUGUAUUAUAAAAAAUAGUAGAUGGGCCUCUUCAGUGAGUAACAGGAAAACAAUCCCAUCUCCAGUUUCUGUGACAGUUUAUAAAUUACUUGACCUUCGGUCUCCUAAUUUAUGAGUCACAGAAACCCUAGAUGGAAUUACUUUCUUGUAACUCACUGAAGCCCAUUUAUUUUAUAUAUAUAUAUAUAUAUAUAUAUAUAUAUAUAUAUAUAUAUAUAUAUACAUAUAGACACACACACACACAGUAGAUGCCAGUUAUUCACAACCCUGAUGAAAACAACUUUGUUAUUAACAAUGUUAUUAAUGUUAAUGGAAUUCUGAUAUUAGCAACUGCACGCCGCUUAUUGACAACUUUAUUACUAGUUGUCAGUGCUAGACAGCACACUUGCAUGAUUUACGCGCAUACUUCAUGCAGCUUUUAUAACAGCUUUAAAACUGGCUACGAAGCUGCAUGCAAAAUUGCGAUGGAUUUAGUGGGAUGUGGUACAUAGUAAAAAGCAGACAUUGGACAAUUUCUUAUUUUAAAAUUGUGUUCUUUAGAAUAGAUUGUAAGUACAACACAUUAUUUUUUACACAUUAUGUUUGCUUUACUCUAUGUAAGGAUAAUUGUAGUACAUUGUUGUGUAGCACUAUUUAGGCCUAUUUUUUGAAGUAAACAGCUCUGUUUGGGUUUU